GAUUUCCCCUGGUGGACUGAACAAACGAGCCGACGCCGACGGAGACAUCCUCACGCUACUUGUGGUCUGACGGCGCUCACCGACAUCAAAGCCUCUCAGUUCUUCUUGCGGUUUCAUCCUUCUGCUUCUGUUAGCGUUGGGGGAUGUCUGUUUUCUAACACCUCUCAGCCUGCUUAUCUCAUAGAUCUGUACGACCUUGACCGACAGUGGACAUGGAGGACUAUGACGUUCGCUCCGCUGCCAGCAUCCUGGCCUCAGUGAAAGAGCAGGAGGCCCGUUUUGAGCAGCUGACCCGGGCCCUGGAGGAGGAGCGUCGCAACGUCACCCUGCAGCUCGAGCGCGCCAACCUGCCUCCCAACCCCCCCACCAGCCAACCACUGGCAUGGCAGCAAGUGGUGAUGCAGGAGCAGAGUCCCAGCAACGCCACAUCCCUGGCCAUGAUGCAGGAGCCGCAGGAGGUGGUGGAGGAGACGGUCACCAUAGAGGAGGACCCCGGCACCCCCACCUCCCACGUCUCGGUGGUCACCUCCGACGACGGGACCACGCGGCGCACGGAAACCAAGGAUGUGUCGUCUAACCUGAAGGUGACGAAGAUGGUGAAGACGGUGACGACCCGGACGGUGCGCCAGGUGCCGCUCGGCCCUGACGGAUUGCCCCUGCCCGAAGGCUCGUCCCCGCUGGGCAGCUACACCGACUCCAUCGACCGUCGGUACCUGAAGAAUGGAAGCGACCGCUUCAUCACGCCCCAGGCCACGUCCACCCUGACGCGCGGCUACAACAACUCCUACAACGACUCGUACGUGGAGACGCCCGAGAGUCAGUACAUCCGCCACUACGGCCUGCACGACGGCUACGCCGACCUGACAGACAACUACGGCAGUCUGUCGCGCGGCGUCAACUUCCGCCCGCCGCGCUACCCCUACAUGCCCAACAGCUACCGGCCGGAGAACAGCUACACGCUGCCCAUUCGCAAGGACGACUACGGCCACAUGGCGCAGCCCCAGGUGCCCAUGGGCAGCAGCACUGUGGAUUUGAACCGCUCUCAGCCGGAGCGCUUCCAGCCCGAGCCGUACGGCCUGGAGGACGAUCGCCGCAGCCUGGGCCCGGACGAGGAGGAGCCGUAUGAGCUGGAGCCCGACUACUCCACCGCCAACCGGCGCACCCUGCCGGGCGCCAACCGGGGCCGCACCCACCGGGAGCCGCUGCGUGACGGGCCUCGGGUCAGAGGGUAUCCGGACGACCCCAUCGAGGCGGAGCUGAUCGAUGAGCGCCACCCUUACAUCCACGGCAUGUACUCGGCGCCGCUCGCGCAGCCCGAGAGGGGCAGCAUGGCGAGUCUGGACCGCAUGGGCGGCCGGCGCUCGCCCUCCAUCGACAGCAUCCGCAAGGACCCGCGCUGGCGCGACCCCGACCUGCCGGAGGUCAUCGCCAUGCUCGGCCACCCCAUCGACCCCGUCAAGUCCAACGCCGCGGCCUACCUGCAGCACUUGUGCUACGAAAACGACAAGAUCAAGAAGGACGUGCGCCAGCUGAAGGGAAUCCCCGUUCUGGUGGGGCUUCUGGAUCACCCCAAGUCCGAAGUCCACCGCAAAGCCUGCGGCGCUUUGCGCAACAUCUCUUACGGGAAGGACAAUGACAACAAAGUGGCCAUCAAGAACUGUGACGGCAUCCCAGCCCUGAUCCGCCUGCUGAGGAAGACCAACGACAUGGAGGUCCGAGAACUCAUCACUGGAACUCUGUGGAAUCUGUCGUCCUACGAACCCCUGAAGAUGGUGAUCAUCAACCACGGCCUGCAGACCAUGACCAACGAAGUCAUCAUCCCCCAUUCGGGCUGGGAGCACGAGCCCAACGAGGACUCGAAGCCGCGCGACGCCGAGUGGACCACGGUGUUCAAAAACACCUCCGGCUGCCUCAGAAACGUGAGCUCGGACGGCGCCGAGGCUCGGCGCAGACUGCGGGAAUGUGACGGACUGGUGGACGCUCUGCUGCACGCUCUUCAGUCCGCCGUGGGGAAGAAGGACAUGGACAACAAGUCUGUGGAGAACUGUGUUUGCAUUAUGAGGAACCUUUCCUACCACGUUCACAAAGAAGUGCCGGGGGCCGAGAAGUUCCAGGACCCGUCGGCGCCGCAGGCCCCCGGAUCGGCGGGACUCCAGAGGAAGAAGAAGGACGACGCCGGCUGCUUCGGAGGCAAGAAAGCCAAAGAGGAAUGGUUUAAUCAAGGCAGGAAAAACGGUGAGAAUGACAAAAACUUCGACACGCUGGAUCUGCCCAAGCGUACCGAGCCCUCCAAAGGCUUCGAGUUGUUGUAUCAGCCCGAAGUGGUGAGACUCUACCUAUCACUGCUGACGGAGAGCCAGAACUACAACACCCUGGAGGCAGCCGCCGGCGCUCUGCAGAACCUCAGUGCUGGACAGUGGACUGUGAGUACUGGGCAGGGCGAGUGGUCCAACUACAUCCGAGCCACGGUGCGGAAGGAGAAAGGUCUUCCCAUCCUGGUGGAGCUGCUCCGCUCCGACUCCGACAAGGUGGUUCGGGCCGUCGCCAUCGCACUGCGGAACCUGUCUAUCGACCGCCGCAACAAGGAUCUGAUUGGGAGUUACGCCAUGCGGGAUUUGGUGAGCAACCUCCCCAGCGGGCAGCAGCGGCCGGCCAAGAACCUGGAGGAAGACACGGUGGUGGCCAUCCUCAACACCAUCCACGAGAUCGUCACCGACAGCUCCGAGAACGCCCGGUCCCUCAUCCAGGCCCAGGCCAUCGAGAAGCUGGUCGCCAUCAACAGGACCAGCCAAUCAGGACGUGAGACAAAGGCGGCCUCCCAUGUGCUGCAGACGGUCUGGAGCUACAAGGAGCUGCGGAACGCUCUGACCAAGGACGGCUGGAACAAAAGCCACUUCCAGCCUGCAGUCACGACCACCCCGAAAGCUACCAAGAACGGGAAGCCCGGUUACGACGACACCACCCUGCCCCUGAUGGAGAAGAACCAAGGCACCGGGAAAUGUGGCAGUGGUGAUAUGAUACCUAUGGAUGAGCUGGGCCCAGAUGGUUACUCCACCAUCGACCAGAGGGACAAAGACUGCAAGUACAAGACGGGGGACAACUCGGUGGACCUGACAGAACGGGAGCCAUUGAAGAAUGACACAAAUAGGAAACACUAUAUCAGGAGUAACAGGCCUGCGGUCAGUCUGGUGGACGCUUGCGAUGUUAAGCCUCAGCCUGUUGACUCCUGGGUCUAAAUGCAUGCAUGGCUUGAAAUAUCACCAGUGCGACACCCCAGCUUGAAGAGGAUCUCUCAUAUCACCACUGCCAUUUCACUCACAGCUCAUCUGUGGAGUUGGACUUUGUCUAGAAGAGCGAUUUAAAAAGAAAAGAAAAAAAAAAAAAAGAUCACAACAGUGACUACCCAGCAGCAGCAGCCAGCAAUCCAGUCAUGCUUUUCAGAGAAAAAAAAUAAAAAUAAAAAGUGACUACUAUAACUAGUUUCUCAUAUCUACAUUCCCACUGGACAUCAUGUGAACUUUACAGCGUUGACUCUGGACGAGAGGCGGACUGAGGCCGGUGCUGCUGAAGGAACGGACGCGACGAGUAGAAGGAGAGAAGAAAGCUAAAGGAAUGUGUGUUUGAGGGCAUCCUGUGGAAGAUGAAAUGAAUAACUGAUGGUUUUCAUUUAAUUUUGUUUUUUUGUUCUUUUUUUUUACAAUCUUACCACACAUUUUGUGGGUUUUGGAGCUUUUCGCUCUGUUCGUUGUCCAACGUUGGUAGUUUGAUGUGAACGGGCUUGGACGGGUUUGUUUGAAGGUCACUGAAUGUUUGAUUUGAUUUGAUGGGAUGAACACAAGGAGAAAAAAAAUGGAAGUAAGAAGGACAGAAACCGAGCUUAAGAACUGUAGCAUAGUGGAUAAACAUGCUCCUGGCAGCCUGCUCUCAUGAACUGAAAAUCCAUUUGGGUUCACUGUGUAUUUUCAUGACAAAAAAAGAAAAAAAAAGAAAAGUGCACUGAGUUGCUUUGAAAUCAAACGUUUUGAAACAGGUGAUUGAUGUCCAUUUUUAUAAAGUGAGGAGUCUGCAAGUUGUGGUCGGUAGACAAGCAAGUGAUAAAUGACAGCGGAGGAGGUUUGUGUUCACGUUGCAUCAGGGAAGUAAACUGAAAUGGAGACAAACAAAAGCAACAAAGACUUUGCGUCACGCUGGUGGACGUGUGUGAGUCGCACACGCGUCUGGUUGCUUGUGAAAACGCUCCGGUUGCGUCGCGAUGCGCUUUCCAGAGUUUCCUGGCUGGUUGCUUUUUAUCAAUGACAUGUAUUAAAAAAAAAAAAAAAGAGGAUGCAAGGCAUUUUGUUUAUAAGUGAUUCGUGUUUUUGAGAAAGAAACAGAAGAUUGUUCUUUUGUUGAAGGGAUAGAUCUAAAAGCGUUUUUUUAUUUUUGUUGGAUUUUAUAUAAAUGUAUAUUGGGGUCAAAAGAGGAAAAAAAAAAGAAAAAUUAAGGAGAAAAAAAGCGACAAAAAACACAAACUUCUUAGUUGUAUAUUAAUAUCACAUUGUUUGGAAAGCACAUCUCAUUUGAUAAAUGCUCACCACGUUUGUAAGCAAGAAAUAACCACGUAACUUAAAUGUGUGUCAGAUAUUGUCGAGUUACGCCGACGAUCACCUAUUUAUAUUUUGUAUUUGUCAGAAGUUACCUGAAGAAAAAAAAAAAGAGGUUUAUCUGCAGUGUUCUUUCUAAAAACAGUGAAUAUGUGUUUCUCUGGCUGCCCCCUCCGUCUGGAGCCCCCCCACCCCCCCACCGUCAUUCUGUCUUCCCUAUGCAUUCACCAGCCCUGAGCCAUCCUCCACCGGCGCAUCUCAAAGAGAAAUAUUCAGUCGUGAGCAUGAAGAAACUCUGUACAGAUGUUUAUAUUCUAUUCUUUCCAAGUGCCAGUUUUUGUGGUGUCAUUUGGAUAUUUACGAAUUCAUUCACGUGCAGACGGAGCGAACAGGCGGACGAUGACCGGAUGUGGUUCCAGGCAAACUGCUGCGUCACACUGUACAAAUUAAACAUCCAGUUUGGUCAUAUAGUAUAUAUAUUUUUACAGCGUUACAGGGUGGAUAACGAUGAAGCAGAGGGAUGCAGAGUUCUAUUGCUAUUGAAGUGAAUCCAAUCAGAUGGGGGAUCAUUCAUGCGUCAUCAAGGCGAACGGCAUGUGCCUGCGUUGAAGUCGGAUGUUUUUUUUUUUCUUUUUUUGUGACGUAUGUGACUUUAUGAAGCUUGCAUAUUUUACACAGUGUUUACAAAGAUGUACGUUGUGGUAAAAAUCAAUGAUCUACAAAAAAAAAAAGUGUAUAAAUUUUAAUUUCAGAGGCUAAAAUCUUUAUGAUACCUAGCAUCCCUUUGUGUGUCCUCAGAAGUUUGUGCUUUCAUUGGACGGAGACCCACAUGACUGUCUAUUACUGACUGCAGUAUGCAGUGCCACAACCAAAGGAUCUGGAGUCGUACUUACAUCAGUUCAUAAAAGAAGGAUUUUUUUUUUUUUUUUGGGGGGGGGGGGUUGUGGAUGUGCACCCUGUUGUACAUUUACAAGAAAAAGAAGAAAAAAAAACGCUUCAAAAAAGAGCCACACAACUGUGCUGUAAAGUGAAUGGAUACAGACACACAUUGAAUCGAGUCAAAACAAACCUACCUGUGUAGAUAAAACUGAUUCAAGACCGUCAAAAUACAGUAACUGUACUACUCAGUAGCAGAUGUGUUUGUACCUAUCAUGUGCCUUAACCUUUUCCAUGGUAGAUAAGUGUGUUUUAUAUAACUUUAUUCCUCCCCCUCGACCGCCAUCUCUCCAUGCUCCUGGUUUCUCCCUCUCCUGUGUCAGCCUCCCUCUGUUUUCCCUCCACUCAGCUCAUCGCUCCAUUCAUCCCCUCCCCACUGCCCCCAGCCCCAAGUAGUUUAGACUGUUGGUGGGUUUCUGCCUUGUAUUACAUUGUAUUAUAAACUUU